UUAUUUCAUUAGAAAAAAUGUUCGCACAAUGUUGAGUUUUGCUUAGCUGUUAAUCAAUUUAUUCAGGUUUCAUUGUGUUCUUCACAGCAUUGUAAAUAAUGUUAGUUGGGAGAUAAUUAUCGGAUACCGAGCAUUUUGGUUCCUAUUCUUGAUGGGAAUGUUUUGCGGGUCGUUUGUUUUCUUGUAUAUUGAGUCUGGUCUUUCAAUAACUAAUCUAACUAACGAACUUCCACCAUUGUUUUUUUCCUUCUUUGUGUAUCAGUUAUCCUUGUUAUUUUCUUUCUCCUUAAAUUAGCUUUUCUUUUGUCCGUGCUCUGUGUUAGGUUACGCUGGACAGGCUGGUAACUUGCAAGAUCAAAACAACUUCAUGCUUGGCUAUGGAUUCUACAUUGUUAUUAUAUCUUCACGAAUAUUUGAAUCUGAACGUGUAUGACUGGAUCUGGUAUCAGGUUUUUGUAUAGUACAAACUCUCCAUUUCACGAAUCUUUUUUGUCUUCUCUCGGAGUUUACUAGUUUGGGGUAAACUUCGUAUCCUUGAUUGGCCCAUAUUCUUCGUUGGUAAUACACGGAGAUGUCGAAUUUUGUGGGUGUUAUCGUGUCCGAUCAAUGGCUCCAAAGUCAGUUUACGCAGGUUGAACUUCGCAGCCUGAAAUCAAAAUUUAUGGCAUUAAAAAAUCAGAAUGCCAAAGUUACAUAUGGAGACUUGCCACCUCUAAUGGUCAAUUUAAAAGCAUUUAAAGAAAUGUACACUGAGAAGGAGAUUGAGGGGAUCUUGGGUGAAAAAAGCCCUGACAUGACCGAUGAGAUUGAUUUUGAAUCUUUCUUAAUGGUGUAUUUGAAUUUGCAAAGCCUAGCUACAUCAAAAAAGGGUGUUACGAAAAACUCUUCGUCAUUCCUUAAGGCAACUACAACUACCCUUCUUCACACCAUCAGUGAAUCAGAAAAGGCAUCUUAUGUUGCUCACAUAAACAGUUACCUUGGUGAUGAUCCGUUUCUGAGUCAGUAUCUUCCUUUAGACCCAGCUACCAAUGAUUUAGUUGAUCUUGCAAAAGAUGGAGUUCUUCUGUGUAAACUUAUCAAUGUUGCUGUGCCUGGGACUAUAGACGAGCGAGCCAUCAAUGCCAAAAAAAUUCUUAAUCUCUGGGAAAGGAAUGAGAAUCAUACUCUCUGCCUCAAUUCUGCCAAGGCUAUAGGCUGCACUGUAGUUAACAUUGGCACGCAGGACCUUGUUGAAGGAAGACCCCAUCUUGUUUUAGGGCUGAUUUCCCAGAUCAUAAAGAUCCAAUUAUUGGCAGAUCUGAACCUUAAGAAGACACCUCAGCUUGUCGAAUUGGUUGAGGACAGCCAGGAGGUUGAAGAGCUUCUUAGUUUGCCCCCUGAAAAGGUUCUACUCAAGUGGAUGAAUUUUCAUCUCCAGAGAGGAGGGUACGAUAAAACUGUUAAAAAUUUUUCUUCUGAUGUGAAGGAUGGAAGAGCUUAUGCAUAUCUACUUAAUGUCCUCGCUCCUGAACAUUGCAAUCCAUCCACCUUGGAUACUAAGGAUCUCAUUGAAAGGGCAGAAAUGGUGCUUGAUCAUGCAGAAAGAAUGGGCUGCAAAAGAUACUUGACACCCAAGGACAUUGUGGAGGGUUACUCAAACCUGAAUCUUGCAUUUGUGGCCCAAAUAUUUCACCAGAGGAGUGGCUUAUCUACGGACAACAAAAAGAUAUCUUAUGCUGAGAUGAUGACAGAUGAUGUGCAAACAUCUAGAGAAGAGAGAUGCUUCAGGCUGUGGAUCAAUAGUCUUGGUAUUGGGACUUAUGUAAAUAAUGUAUUUGAGGAUGUCAGAAAUGGAUGGAUACUUCUGGAGGUGUUAGACAAGAUUUCUUCAGGUUCAGUUAACUGGAAACACGCAACAAGACCUCCAAUUAAGAUGCCAUUUAGAAAAGUAGAGAACUGCAAUCAGGUCAUAAAAAUUGGGAAGCAACUGAGGUUUUCACUAGUUAAUGUAGCUGGCAAUGAUAUUGUGCAAGGAAAUAAGAAGCUAAUUCUUGCCUUCUUGUGGCAAUUGAUGAGAUUCACUAUGCUUCAACUACUGAAAAAUUUGAGAUCUCAUUCCCAAGGAAGGGAGAUCUCUGAUGCUGAUAUCCUGAAAUGGGCAAAUAGAAAAGUGAAAAGUACCGGGAGAACUUCCCACAUUGAGAGUUUUAAGGAUAAGAGCUUGUCAAGUGGAAUCUUUUUUCUUGAGCUUCUCAGUGCUGUAGAGCCGAGGGUUGUCAAUUGGAAUCUUGUUACAAAGGGUGCAAGUGAUGAUGAGAAGAAGUUGAAUGCUACCUAUACAAUCAGUGUUGCUCGAAAGCUAGGUUGUUCCAUCUUUUUGUUGCCUGAGGACAUUAUGGAGGUUAAUCAGAAGAUGAUUCUCACUCUUGCAGCCAGCAUCAUGUACUGGAGUCUGCAACAGUCAGGCGAAGAUGCAGACUCAUUCCCUUCACCAGCUACCACCAUCACCAACACUCCUGAUGCCUCACCCGCCCCAUCAGUCAACGGCGACGAUGAUAUCUCCUCCCUUGGCGGUGAAAUCUCUAACUUAAGCAUCGAUGACGCCGCCUCAGACACAACAGUUUCCUCACAACUUGAAUUUGAAGGGGCUGAAGAGGAUCAUCUAAAGUGACUUCAAGUGAAAUGAAGAGAGAGAGAGAUAAAGGUUUCACCUUUCUUCUCUUUUUCACUCUUACCUUCAGAUGAACUUUGGUUCGGAGGAUAUAAGAUUAAUCGAAGGUGGGGGAUGAGCCUAGUUUGCAAGACUUUCUCGUGGCAAGAGAUCAUCCAAAGACACAAAGUGAGAUCUUUUUUCGUAGGGAGGAAAGACAAAAUAAACAAAGCACAAGGAAUGUACUCAUGGUCUUAAGUUAUGUAAAGGAACACAGGAAAUGUGAAUAAUCUGUACAAAAAUAACUUUUUCUUGAGAUAAAAGUGCUUAUUGAUCGGAAGGAGCAAAGAGGGAAAAGGGAUGAUACAAAAGUUGGGGUUUUGACUUUUAAAAGAAGAUUUUCUUCAGUUAUUUGCUCAGUUCUGUAAAUGUUAUGCAUUUUAUGAUUCAUUAAUUCUGUCAGCAAUAAGUACCAUUUUCCUUUUGGGGCUGUCAAA